AGGAAUGGAACUUGAGAUGUAGUGCUAUGAAAACCCAGCUGCUACUGCCUUAGUCGUAUUGUCCCUUGAAUUAAGUUCCUGCUUUUACCAUGGCGGACCACAGAAAUGGCACUGCAAAACCAUCAGAGCAGAAUGCCUCCAAAUCUUCCUCUUACCAAAUUGAUUUAGAUACCUUCUCCAAGAGGUUAAAGGCCUUUUACUCAAGCUGGGAGGAAAAUCGGGACUCUCUAUGGGCUUCAGCGGAUGCCAUAGCAGUUGCAACCCCGCCCCCAUCAGAUGACCUUCGCUACCUCAAAUCUUCUGCCCUUAAUAUCUGGCUUCUUGGCUAUGAGUUCCCUGAAACAAUCAUGGUCUUUACCUCAAAACAAAUCCACUUCCUUUGCAGUCAAAAGAAGGCCAACCUUUUAGAAACACUUGGAAAGUCAGCUAAGUCAGCACUGAAUUUGGAGGUUUUGAUUCAUGUUAAGGCCAAAAAUGAAGAUGGGGCUUCCCAAAUGGAAGAAAUUUUUAAUGCAAUCAAAUCGCAUGCUGAAUCAGAGAAAGUGGUGGUGGGGCAUAUUGCGAGAGAGGCUGCAGAAGGGAAGCUCCUAGAAACAUGGAGGGAGAAGCUGGAGUUGAAUUUUCAGCUUGGUGAUGUGACUAAUGGGUUCUCAGAGCUUUUUGCUGUUAAGGAUGAAAAUGAGAUUACAAAUGUUAAGAAGGCUUCUUUCUUAAGUGCAUCUGUCCUCAAGAACUUUGUGGUCCCAAAGCUCGAAGUCAUCAUAGAUGAAGAGAAGAAGGUUACCCAUUCUUCCUUAAUGGAUGACACUGAGAAGGCUAUUCUCGAUCCUGCAAAGUCGAAGGUGAAGCUCAAGGCAGAGAAUGUAGAUAUUUGUUACCCACCCAUCUUUCAGAGUGGUGGGCAAUUUGACCUUAGACCAAAUUCCUCAAGCAAUGAUGACCACCUUUAUUAUGAUGCUACAAGUGUGAUUAUAUGUGCUAUAGGGUCUCGUUACAAUAGUUACUGUUCUAAUGUUGCUAGAACUUACUUGAUUGAUGCUGAUGACAUACAAAACAGGGCUUAUAAUGUGCUUUUCAAGGCACAUGAGGCGGCGAUAGGAUCAUUGAAGCCAGGGAAGAAGAUUGGGGAGGCUUAUAAGGCAGCAAUGGAAGUUGUAGAGAGAGAAGCGCCCGAAUUUGCUUCAAAUUUGACCAAAUCAGCAGGAACUGGUAUUGGUCUUGAGUUUCAAGAGUCGGGUUUGAGGUUGAACGCAAAGAAUGAUCGGUUGGUGAAAGCAGGGAUGAUAUUUAAUGUCUCUCUCGGUUUUCAAAACCUUAAGGCCCCCACCAACAACCCCAAAACUGAGUCUUUUUCUCUCUUGCUCGCAGACACUGUGAUUGUGAGAGAGAAUGUCCCGGAAGUGGCAACCUCUACUAGCUCAAAGGCCUUCAAGGAUGUUGCGUACUCUUUCAAUGAUGAGGAAGAAGAAGAGAAGUCGAAGCCCAAGAUUGAGAUGAAUGGUUUAGAUGGCUUUUUGUCCAAGACCACCUUGAGAUCAGAUAAUCAGGAGAUGACCAAAGAGGAACAGAGGAGGCAACACCAAGCUGAGCUUGCUCGCCAAAAGAAUGAAGAGACAGCCAGGAGGCUUGCCGGUGGUGGGCUCGGGAGUUCUGAUGGGCGUGGUGCACUGAGGACCUCAAAUGACCUGGUUGCCUAUAAAAAUGUGGACGAUGUGAUGAACUCAAGAGAGCUUAUGAUUUAUGUAGACCAAAGGAAUGAAGCGAUACUUUUACCUAUCCAUGGAAGCUUGGUCCCUUUCCAUAUUGCUACUGUGAAGAGUGUAACAAGCCAGCAAGAUUGCAAUAGGGGUUAUGAAGAUGGGAGCCGAAUGUCCUAUAUUCGCAUUAUUUUCAAUGUUCCUGGAACUGCUUUUGUGCCCCAUGAUGCGAAUUCUCUCAAGAACCAAGGGGCCAUUUAUCUCAAGGAAGUGACAUUUCGAUCCAAAGAUGCGAGGCAUAUAAACGAAAAGGUGCAGCUCAUAAAGAAUUUAAGGAGGCAGGUUGCCUCGAGGGAGUCGGAAAGGGCUGAGAGGGCCACCCUUGUGACCCAAGAGAAGCUCCAGCUCUCGAAGACAAAACCCAUUAGGCUUUCUGAUUUGAAGAUUAGACCUGCUUUUGAGGGGCGUGGGCGCAAGAUGGGAGGCACUUUGGAGGCCCACUUCAAUGGGUUUCGAUUCUCCACUUCUAGGCAAGGUGAAUCUGUUGAUAUAAUGUAUGCCAAUGUAAAGCAUGCGUUUUUCCAGCCAGCUGAGAGGGAAAUGAUCACAUUGCUGCAUUUUCACUUGCACAAUCACAUAAUGGUGGGAAAGAAGAAGACCAAGGAUGUUCAGUUUUAUGUUGAGGUGAUGGAUGUGGUCCAAACUCUUGGAGGUGGGAGGAGGUCGACUUAUGACCCUGAUGAGAUAGAAGAGGAGCAACAAGAGAGAGAGAGGACCAACAAGAUAAACUCUGAGUUCUCAGCAUUUGUGAGCCGGGUUGGUGAUAUAUGGGACCAGCCCCACUUGAGGAACCUCCAGCUUGAGUUUGAUCAGCCCUUGAGGGAGCUAGGGUUUCAUGGGGUCCCGCAAAAAUCGUCGGCCUUCAUUGUCCCCACUUCCAGUUGCCUAGUUGAGCUAAUAGAAACCCCCUUCUUGGUGAUUACACUGAGCGAGAUUGAGAUUGUGAAUCUGGAGAGGGUUGGUCUUGGGCAAAAGGCUUUUGACAUGGCGAUUGUGUUCAAGGAUUUUAAGAAGGAUGUCCUUCGAAUUGAUGCCAUCCCUAUUGCUGCCCUUGAUGGCAUCAAGGAGUGGCUCAAUGCCAUCAAUAUCAAGUACUAUGAGAGCAAGAUGAACUUGAAUUGGAGGACUAUUUUGAAGACUAUAACU